GAGGUGCACUCACUGCCAAGGUCCAACCGAGCCAGAAGGAACUGCGAACGACGUUUCGUCAACGUGGCCGUCAGUCCAAUUAAUGGAAAGGUUCACGCCGGUUCCCUCUAGCACGAGGUUGGAAACGCGAGAACACGAUAUCGAAACGCGAGGGCAUUUAACAGGCCUAAACCAUCCACGUCCGCAACGCUGUAAAACACACGGAAAUCACGUCUCAGUUCACAAGCAAUGCGACGAUGCAAUCAGCAAGAAGAAGAUUCCAGCCACUGAUGAAAGACGAGUCCAUAAACCGUUGCCGUUUUCACGAAACUCGAGUACUCGGAAUGGCACUGAGCUUGCACCAGCCUUUGACCAGUCGAUGACUUUUUCACAGCCGGGAGUUCUCUCCUGCUGCGUGUGGCGAAAUCGUCUUCCGGGCCGUGAGACAGAAGAAUGGACUAGAAGAAGCUGCUGCAGCGGCACGCUGCACACCCAGGACGCACCACGCAAGUUCCAGCUGACGUCCUGGCGGCGAAUCGAAGAAGAGGGGAGGAAUACGAGGCAGCCGAGCGUGGAUUUAGAUCGGCCCUCGUCGCCUCCGAGGCUCGUCACAAGGCACAGACGCCGAACGAGGCGGGCUUAAGUGUCUGGAGCUGUGUCGUGCAAUUGUUAAGUAACAGUUUAAAUCGUGUAUGGGCUGAUGAGCACAACGACUUGGUGCACGUUGCAACGCAU